AUGACCGCUUUGGAGAAAGCAGGGUCGCUAUUCACCGGCUGGAUACGGUCCUGCUGGGCAUGUCUAGCCCCGGAGGAAGACUGUCAAACCAGUCGCAAAGUUGAAAGCAAUGCAGGCGUUGAACGGGAGAUGAACGUAUGCCAUACUCAACCGCAUCUUGUCCCACCCAUGAAGCUGGUGGUGUAUGAUGACCUACCUAGCCCAAGUAUCCAUCACCAUCGGGUCUCACUGUCACGAGGGUCGCUGUCAUCAUGGAUCAACGAUGGACGACAACUUGCAUCGCGCGCCUCGAAUCGAGCAAGCAUGUCUUUGAAAAGAACUUCAACAACCCCGUUGACGAUUAGUGCACCCUCCGACUUCCGCAGAGUACAAUCCUUCUAUGACCAUCCAGCACCAUCAUAUCAUUGUCCUCCAGCCCCUACGUACCAACCCUUGGAUCUCCGCAUUCAUCGAUCAGGCCAUCGAUUAUCGGACUUACCUUCAUUCGAAACUUUCGAGUUCGACGACGGCACCCAGCGCAAGACGCUAUCGGCGCCCCCUCGUGCUCUCACCACCUCGACCGGCGUUCGAGAUCGACAUCGCCAGAUGUCUCUGGUGCUAUCUCGCAAGCCGGUCGGUUCUCGGAACCGCCGAUCACUUGGUAACCUGGAACCUUUACUUGCCAAAGAGCCUGUUCGCAUCACCAGCGCCCUGAUCCCGCAUUUCUCCAAGGUCGUUCCCGUCGAGAUCCAGCUUCCAGAUCCGCAGGAAUCAUCUCCCGUGCACGGGCGAUCGAAAUCGGAAGGCACCAGGCUCACACUUAACAAUACGUUACGGCCGGACGAUGCAAACAUCCCAUGGGGAAGAGUGCCACAAACUCCACCAGCGUCCAAGAGUCUGACGACAGACUCGCCGGAUGUAUCAUCAACCAACUCUUCGCCCGUCUCCGGAGGUACAUCGUCACGAGCCAGUUUACAUACGAUGCCGACGCAGGUAUCCUCCCGUCGUCCCUCCAUCCUAUCCCCCGAGACCCGAAACACGAGGGAGUCAACUUCCUCUUCUUCCUCUUCUCUCUCCAACCGCGUAACCCGCUGGAUGUUCCCAACAUCCAGUAAACUUCCCCCGAUCCCAAAGCAACCCUCUCCGCCAGGUGAAUAUGGGAUCAAUUGGGAGCGAGCCCGCACACUAAGUGGCACCACCGUUGCAUCUAAUACCACGACCAUCACUGGCGGUCGAAAAGGGCGGAACAAUAGCUCCAUCUCUAGUGCUUUUUCUAGCGCUAUGACCCCACGAGCUUCAUUCCAAGUUUCUUCGUCUACAGCGGAAAAGGAAAUUGAUGCUGGUGUUUGCUACCCGACUAUCUUUGAGGGCCAGCAGCAGCAUCAUAAGCUCUCUGCAUAUCGUGGCGACGGCCGAGUCAGGCCCCACGAGUCUGGUAUUGGGUUGGCUUUUUGA